AUGAAGUAUGGGCCUGAUUCUGUGGCUUCCAUCCCAGGUGCAUGCAGGGAGAAGGAUCGUGUGGUCAGGGAGUUGGAGGGGGAACUACACUUCCCAGAAAGCCCUGACCUCUAUUAUGACAGCAAGCAACUGUGCAUCUGGACCCUGUUGGUACCCGAGGACAUGCAUGUGUUACUCAGCUUUUCCCGCUUGGAUGCAGAGUCUUGUGACCACAAUUACCUGUCCAUGCACUCUUUAGAAGACAGACUUCUGGGUAAAUUCUGUGGAGAAAGCCUCGCUUCAUCAGUUCUUGUUGCCUCCAACUCUCUGAGGCUGAAGUUCGUCUCUGAUGCCACAGAUUAUGCCGUUGGUUUUAAUGUCACCUACCAAGCUCGUCAACCAAACUACCUUCCCGAGUCCGGUUGCAGUUCCUUGACUGUCCUCUUUGAGGAAGGCCUCAUACAGAGUCUUCAUUAUCCGGAAGAUUACAAUGACAUGGCCAACUGUAACUGGGUGUUUCAAGCCCCCAAACACUACCUAAUUAAGAGGGGACAGGGCAAGCACAGAGGAACCAGCAUAGAGCAGAUACAGGUGCGCUGGUGUGAGCGUCAUGACAUGUACUGGAAGGGGUACUGGGAGAAUCUGGAAAUAGAAGAGAGUGGAGACUGCACUUCCGAUUACGUGACAGUGCACUGGGAUGUAGAAAGGAAGAAGGAAAUAGCUCGGUUGUGUGGCUUUGCUGCCCCCGCCCCUCUGCUGAGCUCCUCUGGUGUGAUGCUCAUCAGCUUCCAGUCGGAUGAAAAUGUGACCUUCAGAGGCUUUCAGGCUACAGUCUCCUUCAUCCCUGAAGCAGAUUUAAACAUCUCCGGAUCAGAGGAUGAGUCGAUGCUUCUGGAGACAUGGAAUGUCCUUCCUGAAGAAGACAAUGCUUCCGCCCCAGUGUGGACUUACAUUUACGACGUUCUGGAGGCUGUACCCCAGCCCCUGCCGUAA